CAAGGUGUAGGACACGGCAGCGAUAUCUCUCUCUGAACCGGAAAGGGUUGUUCCGGAGGGGUCAUUCAGGGCGAACUGGAACACUCCCCCUUCCCCCAAAGUAUAACUCUUUCAGGUGGACCCACCUAUAAAUAUAAAGAUGGCAACACAUAUCGUGCAGGUACUUAUGGAUCCGAAGCCUUUCAGCAUGUUCCGAGUGCUGUGCACGGCAGUGCUGGUCUUACUGGUCGCCAGCAUAACCCUUGUGGAUUGCACACCAAUCAUGAGCUACCAGAGCGCACCGCAACAUGCAGACUCCCAUGACUACAAGGUCGUCUGCUACUACGGUUCCUGGGCCGUCUACAGACCGGGCGGAGGAAAGUUUCCCGUAGAGGCCAUUGACCCACACCUCUGCUCACAUCUUGUGUACGGCUUCGCCGGUUUGGGCCACGACAACCGAAUCAGGAGCUUGGACUCCUGGAACGACCUGGCGGAUAACUAUGGCAAAGGUGCGUUCAAGAGGUUCACGGGUCUCAAAAAGCAGAAUCCGAAGCUCAAAACCAUCAUCGCUAUCGGCGGUUGGAAUGAAGGGUCCAUCAAAUACUCCAACAUGGCUGAAAACCCUGCCAGUCGAAAGACCUUCGUAGACAGUGUCGUCGAGUUCUGCAAGAAAUACGACUUCGAUGGAUUGGACAUGGACUGGGAGUAUCCAGGAUCAAGGGGAGGCAAGCCGGAGGACAAGCAGAACUUUGUCGCUUUACUGAGGGAACUCAGUGAGGCCUUCCGACCCCAUGGUCUCUUGCUCACUGCAGCUGUAUCUGCUGGGAAACAUUUUAUGGAUCCUGCCUAUGACAUUCCUCAAGUCUCCAAAUACCUGGACUUGAUACACGUCAUGGCUUAUGACUUCCACGGCGGCUGGGAGACCAUAACCGGACAUCAUGCACCCAUGUUCUCGCGGCCAGAGGAGCCUCUUGACGAAAGGAUUCUAAAUCUUAAUUUCUCCGUUAAUUACUGGAUCGACAAAGGAGCUCCAAGGAACAAGAUAAUAUUAGGCCUAGGUCUAUACGGAAGAUCCUUCACGCUGGCAAGGUCGGAGAACCACAACCCGAGGGAUAGUGCCCCGCAAAAAGGACGAGCGGGCCCCUACACAAGGGAGAAGGGCUCUCUGGGGUACAACGAGAUCUGUGAAAACCUCGAGCGGGAAAAGUGGACCGUGGUUCGAGAUCCUUUCUAUAUGGCUCCGUACGCAUUCCGCGAACGGCAAUGGGUUGGCUACGACGACAUGGACAGUAUAGCCGUCAAAGUAAACUUCGCAAAAGCAAUGGGAUUAGGAGGUGGAAUGGUGUGGUCCAUUGAGACUGACGACUUCCAUGGAAAGUGCCACGGCUUGCGAUAUCCACUUCUGAGCACCAUCAAUAAGGUUUUCGCCUCUGGAGGAACGGGCUCUAUUCCUGUGCCACCACCCACAUCAGCACCGCCCCCUCCAACACCCAGCACUGAAAAAACUUGGUGGCCACGUCCAACGACUCCAUCUUCUCAGCAACCAUCCUCUAGUCAAACACCAUCAUCGACUAUGUACCCACCACCGCCAUCUACGCCUAAGAAACCUACUUGGCAGCCUUCAUCCACCACCACCCAAGCGACGACAUCAACCCAGAAAACUUGGCCGCAACCAAGUUCAACGACGAUGGCACCUCCAUCUCAGACACCGUCUACAGAAAAGACCUGGUGGCCACGACCAAGCACAAAGGCGACUACCCCAACGCCAUCAACGCAGAAGACGUGGUGGCCAAGGCCGAGCACUGAGUCAUCGACAACUCCAUCUACACAAAAGACAUGGUGGCCAAGACCGUCCAGUACUGUGUCAUCAACGGUUCCAUCUACGCAAAAGACAUGGUGGACAAGACCGUCCAGUACUAUGUCAUCAACGGUUCCAUCUACGCAAAAGCCAUGGUGGACAAAACCAUCCAGCACAACUACAACGACGACGACUUCUAAGCCAUUCCCUGAGGAGCCUCCGAAUGUUCCCCCAGAGUCAGGCUUCAAAUGUACGACUCAUGGUACAUUCAGUCACCCCAAUGACUGUCAAAAGUUCUACGACUGCGUCUACCAAGGCGGGCAAGAAAUCACUGCCUACGAGAAAAGUUGCCCAGAUGGCACUGUGUUCAACCCCAACAACCGACUAUGCACGUGGCCGGUAGAUGUACCACAGUGCAAAGACUACUUCUUGCGGAAAUACGCGUUUUUGAGAAAGUAUUACGAAGGCUGAUCAACCGUUUUCUCGAGCGACAGUGGUUUCCCAUCGAUAUUUAUUUUAGUGCGCUACUCAUGGACUGCUAUUUAUUGCUAUGCUCUGUCUCUCAUUCCAUUAUCACAAAAUAUCAGUAGCAUUUGAUCGUGCCUUUUUACUCUGCCAAUAUUUUCAAGAUGGCCAAUUGCCAAAUAAAAUUGUGAUGCGUGUCAUGAGCG